AUCCAGUCCGAGGUGUGCUCUCCAUUGAGUAACACACAGAGGAUCCUCUUUACAAGUUUUAACCUGGAAAUAGCGUCUUGUGACUCCAGCGAAAGACGGAUUUAGUCCGACUCCUGUUUCGAAAGAGAGAGAAUCUCGUGAGAAGAUGGUAGUCUUUAUUUUUCCUUAGAACGGCAACAGCAACUGACUGAACGCUGCCCGUGAGCAUUGUUGUCCCAGGGGAGCCUUUUUUGUUUAGGGUUAACCUAACUGUGAACUCAACCACUAGCGCGUUUUCCUUCGGUUUGGAGAGAAAUUGAAAAAUAUUCUCAAAUACUUCCUGCCUGACGUGUUGGAGUCCGCUGGGUUAAGCUGUGAUGAGGAGAGAAUUUAACAGCGGUGAAGCGCCAGACGGAGACAGCGAAAGCUAAGCUCAUCUCAGCAACCAACGGUGGUCAACGACCACAGCCUCGACCACAAAAAUACAGUCUUGUCUAUUCUGUCAUUCUUCCCCACAUUCCUUUCCCUCUGCUUUUUUCCCUCGUCAUCCUCCCUUCUCCCUCUACAUGUGAUUUCUUUUAUCUCAUACGUCUUUCUCCCUCCUGAUCUACCUCUUCACAUCCUCCCCCUCCCGUCACUCCCUCUCCCUCCCCCUCUCCCUCCCCUCCCUCUCCGUUUCUCUGGCAGGCUGCUCAUUGCAGUGAGUCAGUAUCAUGGAGGCAGGCAGCGGGGCUGCCGCAGCGGUGGGGAGUGCAGCACUAGGACUGCUGGGAGCCACAACCACGUCCAACCAUGACAUCUUGGACAGGGGUCUGAGGCCUGGACUUCACUUGGAGGAGGACGAUAUUGUGCCUGAACUGGCUCACAUCCAUCCCAGAGAGAGACCUGACUGGGAGGAGACCAUCAGUGCCAUGGCAAGGAGUGCGGAGAUCCCUGAGUUGCGGACAGAGCCCCUCAUGCGCUCAUGCAGCAGCAGCACGGCAAGCAUGAAGGUCAAGAAUGUCAAGAAGCUUUGCUUCACCAAGGGCCACUUCCCGAAACUGGCAGAGUGCGCUCACUUCCACUAUGAAAACGUGGACUUUGGCACAAUUCAGUUGUCCCUCGGGGAUGAACAGUGUGAAGUGACACGGAACGGCUGUGAGUCUAAGGAGCUGGUGUACUUAGUUCAUAUUUACUGCCAGGGUCGAAGCUGGAUCGUGAAGCGCAGCUAUGAGGAUUUCCGUGUCCUGGACAAACACCUGCACCUCUGCAUCUAUGACCGACGUUUCUCACAGCUGCCUGAGCUGCCUCGAUUGGACAGUCUGACUGAUCACUCAGAGUCAGUGUCCCAGAUGUUGUUAGCUUACCUCUCCCGGCUCUCAGCCAUUGCUGACAACAAGAUCAACUGUGGGCCUGCCCUCACAUGGAUGGAGGUUGAUAAUAAGGGGAAUCAUCUGUUGGUCCAUGAAGAGUCGUCCAUCAAUGUUCCAGCUAUUGCUGCUGCCCACGUCAUCAAGCGCUACAUCGCUCAGGCCUCGGACGAGCUGUCCUUCGAGGUUGGUGACAUUGUGUCAGUGAUUGACAUGCCGCCUAAAGAAGACACCACAUGGUGGAGGGGCAAGCAUGGCUUUCAGGUUGGCUUCUUUCCCAGCGAGUGCGUGGAGCUCAUAAAUGAUAAAGUGCCGCAGUCCAUGACCAACUCUGUGCCAAAACCAGCCUCCCCCUGCUCUGGCCUGCAGCCUGCUUCUUGGAGUCUCUUCCCCCCCUACUUGGAGAUGGAGAGUGUAAUACAGGACAGUGCAUGGGUGGCCGACCCGCUAAACCACUACAGCCUAAGUUCAGUGUCUAAGAAGCACGGGAAGCUGAUCACCUUUUUACGCUCCUUCAUGAAGUCCAGACCCACCAAGCAGAAGCUGAAGCAGAGGGGCAUCCUCCGGGAGAGGGUGUUCGGGUGUGACCUGGGAGAACACCUCCUCAACUCAGGACAUGAUGUGCCCCAGGUCCUCAAGAGCUGCACCGAGUUCAUCGAGAAACACGGUGUGGUGGACGGCAUCUACCGCCUCUCUGGAAUUGCCUCAAAUAUCCAGAAAUUGCGGCAUGAGUUUGACUCUGAGCAGAUCCCCGACCUGACCAAAGAUGUUUAUAUCCAGGACAUCCACUGUGUUGGCUCGCUGUGUAAACUCUACUUCAGAGAGCUGCCCAACCCCCUGCUCACCUACCAGCUCUAUGAGAAAUUCUCUGAGGCUGUAUCAGCAGCAACGGAUGAAGAACGACUCAUCAAAAUCCAUGACGUCAUCCAGCAGCUUCCUCCGCCGCAUUACAGGACCCUGGAGUUCCUCAUGAGACACCUUUCCCACCUGGCAACGUUCAGCUACAUCACUAACAUGCACAGCAAGAACCUGGCCAUUGUCUGGGCUCCAAACCUGCUGAGGUCAAAACAGAUUGAAUCAGCGUGCUUCAGCGGCACAGCAGCCUUCAUGGAAGUCAGAAUCCAGUCGGUGGUGGUCGAGUUCAUCCUCAACCAUGUGGAUGUUCUCUUUAGCACUAAACUCAGCUCACUAAUACGAGAAGGAGCAGGUCACAACUCAUUGUCACGGCCCAAGUCCCUGCUCGUUUCGUCACCCUCCACAAAACUUCUGAGUCUGGAGGAGGCCCAGGCCAGGACUCAGGCUCAGAUCAACUCUCCAGUCACUGAAGACAGCAAGUACAUUGAGGUGGGCGAAGGUCCAGCCGCCUUGCAGGGCAAGUUCCACACCGUCAUCGAGUUUCCCACCGAGAGGAAGAGGCCUCCUAUUAAAUCCAAGAAGUCUCCUGUGGGUAGCUGGCGUUCGUUCUUCAACCUGGGCAAGUCUUCCUCCAUGUCCAAGCGUAAGCUUCACCGCAACCCCAGUGAGCCUAAUGAACUAAAAGCUAUGGCUCUCGCUGGAGGCAGAGGAGACACAGCAACAUUAAGAUCAGCCAAAAGUGAAGAGUCACUGAGUUCCCUGCAUAAUGUUGAAGGGGAGUCCAAGGUGUACCGUCCUCGGAGGCCGCGCUCCAGCAGUGAUGCCCUGUCAGCCUCCUUUAACGGCGAGCUGCUAGACACUAGGCAGCACUGCAACUCCUACGACAACCUGGACGCCACAGAGGACAGCGAUGGAGACGAUGGGCCCAUCUGUGUGCCUGCUCUCAUCUCACCUCCCCGCUCAGCAGGUGAAGAUGUGGACCUAAGCCCGCCAGACAUUGGCAUGGCAUCCUUGGACUUCGACCCCAUGUCUUUCCAGUGCAGUCUCCCUGACACCUCCUACGCCUUCCCCCUAGAUGACUCACUAGUUCGGGUCGAGGCCUCCACGUUAAUGAGGAGCCCGGGCAGCAUCUGUAGCAAGACCAACGGCUCUGACAUCUCUGCCUCCUUCCUGGGCAGCUUGACCUUCCCCUUGUUGUCCACAGACUUCAGUCCAGCUGCUGGAGAGAACAUGGGAAGCAAGAAAUCUUACACCGACAAACCCACACAGUCUGUGUCACCUAUUAAAUGUGGAAAGGCCACUACUUUGACACCUUUUGCCACUUCAGAGCUUUUCUCUACAGAGAUUUCUGACAAGAAUACAACUGGACAGGCUGUCCCUCCACAACCAUUAUCGCCUCCUGUGAUACCCAAGGACUCUCCUCCCCUGAUGGGCAGUGUGCUGCUGAGGGCAGCCGAGCCGUCGCUAAGUGAAGCGUUCCAAAUGGAGCUGCACUCUAAGCUGGCAGCUUUUGACAGCGCGGACAGUCGAGAGCUGAAGGGAGAGGACAGCAUACAGCAGGCACCAGCUGCCAGCAGCCAACAGCACCAAGGAGUCAUAGCUCCGGACUCUUCAAAGGACCUCACCCCUCAUUCCCUCAGCUCUACAGUUCCCACUUCUGCCCCUCCUCCUCCUCCCCCUCCUAAAAAUGCUGCCCGCAUGUUGGCCCUGGCCCUCGCUGAGUCUGCUCAGCAGGUCUCCAUCCAAUCUCAGUCACGGUCCUCUGAGCCCCCAACACCAGUGUCCUCUCUGCAGUCACAGGAGGCCUCUGACUUCCAGGACCUGCCACAUCCACUUGUCCCACUUUUCCAGAAUUCCUCCGAGGAGAGAACUGAACGACGAAGUUCCCCGCCACCAAAUAGCACUGCUCCGACUGUCACCACAGCCUCAUCUAAUCCCUCCACUUCCAGUCCUCAGAUCAAACUGCAGCCGCUAGAGUUAGCCAGCAUGAUUACCAAGCCAUCAGACAGUGCCAAGUCCACUAGAAGUCCACCACAUAUAGACUCCACCCCACCAGACACUCCUCUUUACAAGUGUGCCCCACUCUCUAGUUCAGUUAGCCUGACUUCUCCAACCAGGAAAAGUCCAGAAAGGCAGCAGCCUGUUGCAGGACAGGUCCCUGUCCAUACAAACUCAUCCAGUUCCACUCCAGCCACCACCCCCAGUGGCAGCUGUAAAGACACUGGAGUCUUACUACAGCCUGUUCUUGAGGUCAAAUCAGAGGACACUGCACCACCGCCAGUCCCUCCAAAACCAUCAGAACAGCCGCCUCCAACAGCUCUAAAGCCCAAAAAGCAGGCUGUCUCACUGCCCCAGCAUCAAACACAAACUCAGAUACAGCCUCAUCCGCAGCCACAGCCCCAUACACAGUCUCAGACACAAGUCCAACCCCAACCUCAGACGCUCUCAAAGGCCAGUGCAAGAGUGGCCCCCACCUCUGCUGAGCCUCUUGAGAAGCCUUGGGAGGCCAUUAAGCCAGUACAGCCCUGUACAGAGUCUGCAAAGUACCACGACUCCUACGGACCCAAACCUCCAGCCCCUCCUGUCCGCACCAUUGAGAGCAAACUGGCAACCGCAGCACUCAGCCAAAGUGAAGCCUCCUAUCAUAUCCUGGAUGAGGGCCCUGCGCCUGGCCAUCUGGAGGAUGCUCUGCCUCACCAUCCUCUUUCUCCUCGCAAAUCUUCCAUGCACCAGCCAGCCUACCUGUACCAUGCUAAAGGAGAACCAAUUUUGAUUGAACCGCCAGGAGCUGCAUACUAUCAACAGAGGCCUGUUCCUCUGGGCCCGCAGUCCAUGCCACACCACUACCGGCCAGACAGUGUCCCCCCACACCUCUCCUAUGUGUCCAAGUCUGAGCCUCAGAUACCUUACAGUGCCAGAGUAGACAACAGAUACAGCACUUUAGGCCCUAGGUCCUACCACCACUCCAUGAAGUCCAGAGGAAACCCCCGGAGUGUGUUCGUGUCUCCAGGCCCAGGGCAACAGGGUUAUAGCCAUGACAGAACCCAUGGCUAUCCCACCAUCCGCAGAGUUCACUCGCUCCAUGUUCCUUCCACUGUCCGCUCAGUGCCUAUCCAAAGGACUGAGGUUCCUCCAGACGAUGACAUGUUCUUCUACCACCGGUCCAUGUAUCAGUGCAAAUCCUACCAGCAGCCCCCGCAGCAGUCCUCCCAAACCGACUACCACGUCACCCAGCUGCAGCCUUACUUUGAGAACGGGCGGGUCCAGUAUCGUUAUAGUCCUUACUCUGGUUCAAGCCCUUUGGAGGCACCUUACUAUGACAUUGACCCUUACGGUACCAUCCGAAUCCGGCACUUCCACUCCUAUGGCAGCCGAGAUCCAGGAGCUGUUGCUGGUCGUCCAGGUGGAAAGGCGACUGGGUACCACUACCUCGCUCGCCACGUUCUACCACCUGGCAAGGAGCACAGCUUUGUGAGUAGGGACAUGCCCCCCAGCCAUGGGAGCAAGGAAGCUGCUGCUUACCUCUCUUGGGACCCCGAGGAGUCAGAAAGGCUCCGCAUGCACUCCAUCCGCAGGGAGAGCAGGGCCAGACAGAGGAUUAAAGGCCCUGUCCUCUCUCAGUAUGACAAUGUUGGCUUGUUCACACCAGCAGAUAUAUCGGGCUAUGAAACCCUACAUCUGCGCAGUAAAUCUGACCCAGGUAAAGCUGUGCUGGUUACAGCCGAGAGCAAAGAUGGGCGCUACCUCCCCAGACACAUGGUGUCAGACCCUGACGUCCUCAUGUACAUGGAGACUGACAAGCAUGUCCAGGGCAGUGUAGUGGGAGACAAGUCAGACAGCCUUGCCAAGCAAAGCAGUUCCAAAAAAUGCCAAUCCUCUCACUCCCUUCCUGCUACUCUGAGCCAUCAGCAGGAGAGUGGCCGACACGAGGCCAAGUACGAGACAGGAGAUGACAAGCCUGGUGGAGACAGCAGCAGGUCUAAACACUGGCAGCAGGAGUAUCCCAACAAGAGGAACUUCCAACCAAGGUACGAGUGUCCUGAUUCUGACCACCACCAGAGUAAAGUGAAAACAUCAAGCGGCUACCACAGUACAGACGACCAGCCAUCAGCUCCCAGGGAACAACUUGCCCGCUCCAAACCAGAGCGAUCACACAGUGUCCGAGACCAGCAGCACUGCAACCAGGGUAAACCGGACCUGGACAGAGACUACUCUUAUCAGAAACACAGCAGUAAAACAGUGCAGUCCCACUAUGAUAACUUAGACGAUUACCACCCAGUACCUCAACCUCAGGCCCCUGUUCAAAAACGUGGAGGCUCCGGCUCCUAUCCUACCCCAGGGUUCUCGGUGAGCCACAACAACAGAGCAUACUCCACAGCACUGGGCCAGGGAGCCUUUAUCCAGACUGACCUGGCAAUGCAGAGGCCAGAGACAGAGAUACGUACAGAAUGAAGCAUUUAGGUGGGAAACGUGUGAAAUUGUCUUUAGCUGUGUUGAAGAGAGACUUUAGUGAGCUACAGCUGAGCAGCCUCUGCAGGUCAGUGGACUGUCGCAUCACCAAUAUUUUUGCUCCCCUGUAUUUUUAAUGAAUUGUAAAGAAAAUUGUAAGGCUUUUUACAGAAAGUUCUGAAUGUACCUGAAAUUACUGUCUAAGAGGUCAUAUUGUUGUGAUUGAUUGAGACAGUAGCCAGUCAUAAAUGUAUAUGAUAUGAAAGAUGUAAGGUACUUUCAACAGG